AUGGCCAACAUCCAUCGGUUCACUCCCUCGUGCUCGCGAUGUCGUCAGAAAAAACUCAAAUGCGAUACAAACCUGCCGUGCAAUCAGUGCAUAGCAAAGGGCGUUCACGACGAAUGCCGCAAGGACUCCAGAGUGCCCCGUGGCAGGAAGCGACCCAAGCUGGUUGCCACCUCCUCCUCUGAAAAAUCCGAAGACGAAGUUGCCUUGCUUCGCAAACGUGUCAAGGAGCUGGAGCAGAUGGUUGUUCGACAGAGCGCAGCAGGCUCGCCAUCUCAACCACCACUUUCGCCGUGCAGUACUAGCCUUCGUCGUUCUGACAAGCGGACGCUAUCGUCCCACCAAUUAGGUACCAGUUCUCGCGGCUCUCAAACCACAGGCCCUUCCGAGUUCAGUCACAGCCAUUCGCGCGAUCGCUACAGUCCCACCGUCCAUUCCUUCGACUCUGAUGAAGAAGAGCCAGGCGAGACCGAGGCCUCGCUCGUCACGCUUGAAAAGCUCGCCGCAUCGGAUCCUCGCGUCAGCGAACCCGGUCACGGCAAAGCCAUGAACAAGCAGAUCAACAACGUUCUGCCCAGCAGCAGCACAAUUCCACGCAAAGCAAGCAACGCUUAUUUUGCCGCACCCGCCGCCUUCAACGAGCGCAUCGAGUUGCUCAUGCAUGCAAAGCGCAUCAUUCCCGACAAGCACAUCGUGGACACUCUCCUCCAUACGUUCAACCUGCGCUGCCACAAUCUGGUCGGGCGUAUCAUGCACAUGCCUUCUGUACAGAAAGACGUCGACUUCUUCGCGCAGGCUACCGUCGAAGAGUUGCUCACCUCGCCCUUGGAUAUGUACGACCUCGCACGCUACCUCAUGAUCCUUCGUCUUGGCAUGCGCUUCUAUCCGUGGAAGGGAGGCAUGUUCACCGACGAUACCACGCCCGAAUUCAUCGCUAUUAAUGCUCUCAAGAACCGCGGCGACGACAUUUCGCUCCAGUGGCUCAAUUUGGCCAAGCGCGGCUUGGCCGUCGAACGCAGCUUCAGCCUUGGUUCGCUCACAGCCAUCCAGACGGCUAUCCUCAUGAUCCUCGAUGGGCGCGAUUCUCCCGCCUAUCUGCGCAUGCUUUUGCGAAUCUCGAUCCAGACGUCCCUCGACAUGGGUCUGCACCGUCUGGGCAGCGCCAUGCCGUCGAGCAAGAAACCGGACGACCACAUUGUCUACAUAGAGAGCGGUGUACGUAUCUGGUGGUAUCUCGUUGUCAAAGACUGGUGCUCGGCACAGCGUGAAGGCGCCUACACCAUCCAUCCAUCCCAAAUGACCACACGCAAGCCCUUGCACACUACGGAUGCGCGCCUCGCCGAGGGCCGCACCGACGAGAUUUCGCGCGACGACUAUUGCGAGACGAGCUACACGCUCUGCCAGAUCGAGCUUGCCAACAUCAUCCGCGAGAGCAUCGACUUGCGCAACGAGCAGAGCACGCUCGGAGGCGUCUACGACGUCAUCUCGCCCAACAACCAAAAGCUGCUCCACGUUAAGUUGGAAACCUUCCUCGGCGACUUGCCUCCCUUCUACCGACUCGACAGCACCGAGAUGCGGCCGGGCGUGCUGGCUGUGCAGAGGUGUCUGCUGCAUCAGCAAACGUUCGACGUGUUGCUCAAGCUCAACCGCAAGAGUCUCUCGUCGUACAGCGAGCGUGCUACAUGUACCUUGCUGGCCGAACAGAUCGUCUCGACGCAAAAGCUGCUUCGUAGCGUCUGUCCAGUCAUUGACGGCUUCUGGGUCAAUUUUUUGCAUCUCUUUGGUGCUACAUUGACGCUCACGAUUUCGUUGCUUCUGGACGAAGACUUGACGGCCGAAACGCGAAGCAGGCGCAGGGGCAAAGUGCAAUCGGCGCUCGACACCAUGCGCGAGACUCCGGGCUCGGAUCGCGGCAGCCGCAUCAUCGAGACGCUGCUUGAGGAAGAGCAACAGCAAUUGACAGCGAAUCAGCAUCUUCCGGCCUCGGAAGUGGCUGCGCGUCGCCGAUCAGUAGAUAUCGCAGCCUUGACGAGGCGCAUCGUGGCGCACACUGCCGAGCUCGCAGAUGCCCCUGCUCGAUCUGGAGGGGCUGCUGGGUUGACUCCUGCGCCUAUUGAAGGAUCGAGCUCCAGCGGCGGUGGCGCUCGCGAUGGAAGUGCAGGCAGCGGGAGGACGUGGGACCUUACACCGGACGAAUCUGUGGUUCCAGCAUUCGCAUCUUCAUGGGGUCUUGUCGCGACAGACAGCAUGGACCCUACGGAUCCCAUGGGACUGCUCAGCUCGUAUGCGCCUCCCUCGCGACCUGGCAACGGACUCUUCCCAAACGAGCAAUACGCGUGUCAGGCGCAAAUCGAACACGUGCAUCACACGGUCCGGCCGUACGAACACAGUCUGCGUCCUUGGCAGGAGCCGAGUCCUGCGUUGGCACGAUCGACGGGCGCAGUCGAUGCUACCGUCUCCAAUGCUGAUGAGAACAAUUUGUGGGACUGGGUAUUCCGGCAAGCCGCGCUCCUGCAUGGACCGGAACCGCCGAUCGAGGGGCCUCCGCGUAGUGCGUCGGUGCCGACCCCGCCGCCUAGGACGCCAAUCACGCCCGUUUCGAGCGGGUCGAACGCGUCGCGAGGUGCCAGCUCGACGCAGGUGCAGCAAAGCGAGAAGUCCAGGUCGCAAAGUGUUAAUGCUCGUUCUCCGUCAUUGAUGUCCUCGAGCUUGCCGUCGCACGCGUACCCGGAUCGCUCUGACCCCGCGGCCGUACGAGGUAAAAGUUCUUCAUCUUACUAUCAUGCCCCUCUCCCUCCCCACCCUUCCUUCCCGCCUAGGCAUUGGUCUGACUACCAUUCAAGGUGA